UACAAACAUCAUUUCAACCGUAGGGAACUAAAAUAUAAAAAAUAGAAAAGUAAUUUGUAAAACGACAUGGCUGAUCACUUCGAUCAUUACUUGAAAGGGCUUGUCAAUACACUGCUCUUCUUGCUGAGUCGUCAAGAGUUUCACUUGCAUCAGAUCAAGACCGAGGAGAAUCGCCUGAAGAAAUCGAUCUCGAAAUCGUCAUCAGGCCAUCGGAAUCUGGAGCAUAUAACACACAUACGGGGAUACAAACUGCUGCUGGACGAGAGCAAUUUACAGUUGCAAAAGCAAUCGAGCAAGCUUAAGAAAUAUCUCGACGCGCAUCCCGAUCUGACUGAAAGUAAGCUUUAUCAGCAGGCUGGCAAUAUCCUAAAAGACAUGCACGUAUAAACCAAGUAAUUGGUCGCAGAACCGACCCACAGAACAACCAAAUUUUUAUUUUAGUAAACAUAAUGACAACCAAAUAAAGUUAGUAGGAAGGGAGGAUGAGGAAGGAUAUAAUAGA